UGUGCGAAAUAAUUUUCCACCAUUAUUCGACCAAUCGCAUGCGGCGAUCGUAAUCCAGAACCAUCGAACGGAUGCUGGGGUGCUGCCGAUGCCUUGAGCGCGGGUUGCGAUGCUUCGUGGCGUGUGCGGCCUUCGUUAAUGCAUGUCUGUCGUGGGUGUCAGCAUGCUUCCUGUAUCCAUACACGUGUCUGCACAACUGGAGGCAAGAUCGAUCUCUCCAGCUCAAAACGCAUCACGAAUGGUACUUCUUGCUGUGGCGGUGUACGUUCCCGCUGCUGACGCUGCUGCUCGUGGUGGGUGUGAGUGCACUGGGUCGUCUCGGUGGUGUCGUCGGGUAUGCACUAAGCGCGGGCCCGGUGUGGUUCUACUGCAUGCUGAUCGUGCUGGCGACGCCUUUCUUGUUGAUGUUUCGGUUUCCCAACUUCCAUCCAGGCAUGGUCACAACGUUCUGGAAGGUGCUAUUUUUGUGCAGCGCAUUCAUCAGCGUCAUCGAGGUGUUCGUGUGGACCGGCGGCAAGUCGCAAUAUGCACACCACCACCACCACCACGGCAGCAGCAUGAUGGGCCAGCGCAAACUCAGCUGGCUGUUGGGUAAUCUCCUGUUUGGCAUCGUCGGGUUCAUCGGCGUGCCCUUCUUCUUCUCGCUGCAGCCGCGCGUCCGCAUCGACUCGUCCGAAGUCCAAGACGACGCCGCCGCCGCCCUAGUCUCGCUGCCCACUUCCCCGUCUGGCCACGUGGCAUCCACGUCGUUGGACUCGCCCAAAUCGGACGACAAACCAGACGUAGGAUUCAAUCCUCACGCUGGCAUGGCGGGCAAAAUGGCGCGUCCGUCGGCGGCCGCCCUCGGACUUGUGCUGCUCAUAACCGUAUGCGCCUACUUCCCCAUCAAGAAACCGUCCGCCCCGGCUCGCGCCAACGCCGUGGACGUGUACUGGGGUCUCGCUUACCUUUUGUCGCCGAUGUUUCUUGUGUGGCUCGUUGUGCAUACCCGUGAAACAAUCCAUGGCGGCGAAUUCAAUCUGGUGGUGCUGUUCACGGUUGUGCUCACCCAUGUGCCUCUAUUUGUCGGCCACUUGAGUCUGGCGCUGUUUUCCGUGGUGGAUCACCAUCCCACGCCCGUAGCCAAGCUCGCCAUCUCAUGCCUCUUCCUCGGGCUUAUGCAGCUGUACUUUUACGUCGUGACCAAAGUCAUCCAGGGCUUUGCGCCACCUUAUACCCACCCGUCGCUGCUGUACGUGGGCCAGCUCUACUUUUACGUGUUCUGGUACCUGCUCGUGGGCUCGGACGGCCCCAUCGACGUCGUGUACUUUGCCAUGCUCGCCCUAAGUAACCUGCAUGUGGUUAUGGCCAACACGGGAAUAUACACAGACACGGUGCACACGUUGUCUGUGUCGUGCUGGCAGCACCCGACGACCCAAUUCGCAUCGCUGUGCGCGGGCUCGUCCGUGCAAGUGUGUUUUCGAGCGAUUCAGCCGCCCAGACUCGCCACAACCCCCAUGGCGUCGUCGCCGUCGUUGUUUUCCACCGAAGGAGACGUUUCUAACGACUCGGUCGUCCAUCGACGGAGCUUGGCGUAUGAAAACGUGAUCGAUCCUCAGCAUGGUCAUUUGAGCGUACUCUCAAGAGGAGAUGCCUCCAUGGAGCUCCAGCAGCUGUACUUUCUCAUGAAGUUGGCCGAACAAGAUCACAUGGCGGACACGAGCGCGCUGAUUUUAGUGCCGUCUUUGCUCACUUGGCUCGCUUGGAUGGAAGCAAAGGAGACGCCGAUGACAGCAAGCUUGCUCAACAUGUGGCUGCGUUGCGUGCUCAUGUUUGGGGCGCGGGUGGCAGGGUCGUUUUUGUCGCGCGAGAUCUUUGCUUACAAGAUGCAGAAACGGCAUCCCACAUUGAACAGUGCCAACGCCGUGGACCGCCUGCGGGUGCAGCGCAUCAUGCUUGGGGACUUCCGAAGGCAGUUCUGGUACCUCGCAGCGGCGACCACCGUCGUAGUGUUUGGAUGCUUUGACAAGGCUGGAUGGCCCUCUAGAUAUGCGUUUUACACGACGCCCUAACAUAUUCAAAACAAAGCCAUAACAUAUUCAAUACAGAGC